ACAGCAACCUCCGCCUCCUGCUGCUGCGGCCACUUCUGCGCUGGGCUGGUCGGCGGUGACCGGGACUGCGCCGGGCGGGGGCCCAGCGGGCGGCGGGUCGCCAUGGGCUCGGGCUGGAGCAGCGAGGAGGAGCGGCAGCCGCUGCUGGGGCCCGGGCUCGGGCCUGCGCCGGGAGCUGCCUGGAGAAACCGGGAGGCGGCGGCGGCGGCGGCGCUGCCUGCGGCGGUCCCGGGUCCCGGACGGGUGUACGGGCGCCGCUGGCUGGUGCUGCUCCUCUUCUCGCUGCUCGCGUUCGCGCAGGGCCUGGUCUGGAACACCUGGGGCCCCAUCCAGAACUCGGCGCGCCAGGCCUACGGCUUCUCCAGCUGGGACAUCGCGCUGCUCGUGCUUUGGGGGCCCAUCGGCUUCCUUCCCUGCUUCGCGUUCAUGUGGCUCCUGGACAAGAGAGGUCUUCGGGUAACUGUGCUCCUGACAUCCUUCCUUAUGGUUUUGGGAGCUGGUCUAAGAUGUGUACCUAUAUCAGACUUAACGCUUAAAAGAAGAUUAAUUCAUGGUGGACAGAUGUUAAAUGGACUGGCAGGUCCGACUGUAAUGAAUGCAGCACCAUUUCUUUCCACGACGUGGUUUUCUGCAGACGAACGGGCCACUGCCACGGCUAUUGCGUCAAUGCUUAGUUAUCUUGGUGGAGCUUGUGCCUUUUUAGUUGGACCACUUGUUGUUCCAGCUCCCAACGGGACAUCACCUCUUCUUGCUUCAGAGAGUAGCAGGGCUCAUAUUAAAGAUCGCAUAGAGACUGUAUUAUAUGCAGGUAAUUUGAAUGGCGUGUUUGCUGGCUGGUCUGGAGUUCUGGACUUAAUUUUAACACCAGUGCAUGUCAGUCAAGUAGAUGCUGGCUGGAUUGGAUUUUGGUCCAUAGUUGGAGGCUGUGUUGUUGGAAUAGCUAUGGCAAGGAUAGUGACAUUGUACGCCUCCUGUAUUCUCCUGGGAGUGUUCUUGAAUAGCAGCGUACCUAUAUUUUUUGAGCUUUUUGUGGAAACUGUCUACCCAGUUCCAGAAGGAAUUACUUGUGGAGUUGUCACUUUUUUAAGUAAUAUGUUCAUGGGAGUACUUUUAUUUUUUCUCACGUUUUAUCAUACAGAGUUGUCUUGGUUCAACUGGUGCCUUCCCGGGUCGUGUUUGCUCAGUCUCCUCCUCAUUCUGUGCUUCAGGGAAUCCUAUGACAGACUCUAUCUUGAUGUGGUUGUCUCAGUUUAAUAGCACAGACUUGAAGGAGUUUAAAAGGAGGCUGGAAAUCAAUACUGCACAUUUGCUUGGAGUUGCACAUCUAACAGGAAUAAAAGGAGAAGAAAGAAACUUCAUUCAGAGGUUUUGUUAGGUUACAGAUUACCACAUUAAUUUAAUUACUACUAGGUAAUAAUAAUGGGGGACUUGAGUGGUGAUAGGGGAUUUUAAAACUCUACAAGUGGCGUAUCUGUGCCUGAUUCUGGGGUUGGAAGUAUGACGUCUUACACAUAAAGCACUACCUAAGUAAUGCCCUCUAUGUUUUGUGCCAGUGCUAAACUACUGAUUACUUGUAAUUAUGAGAAGAAAAAAAGGGUGUCUAUCACAAGAAGAUAACCCCUGCCCUAAGUCACAUACCAGAAUAGGAAUAAAUGCCACUAACUUCUAAAGAAGUUCAAACCCUGUAUCGGAUUUUAAUUAUAAAAUAGCCAAGAGGUAUAUUGACGAUAGAAAUCAGCCACGUGUACACUACAUUUUUUUCUAAUAAAGCCAUUUCUUAUA